AUGGAAAGAAUCAACAGCACACUGUUGACUGCAUUUAUCCUGACAGGAAUUCCUUAUCUGCUCAGGCUAAGGACACUCUUUUUUAUGUUCUUUUUGCUAAUCUACAUCCUGACUCAGCUGGGAAACCUGCUUAUUUUAAUCACUGUCUGGGCAGACCCAAGGCUCCAUGCCCGCCCCAUGCACAUCUUUCUUGGUGUUCUCUCAGUCAUUGACAUGGGCAUCUCCUCCAUCAUUGUCCCUCGCCUCAUGAUGAACUUCACUUUAGGCGUCAAACCCAUCCCAUUUGGUGGCUGUGUUGCUCAACUCUAUUUCUAUCACUUCCUGGGCAGCACCCAGUGCUUCCUCUACACCCUAAUGGUCUAUGACAGGUACCUAGCAAUAUGUCAGCCCCUGCGCUACCCUGUGCUCAUUACUGCUAAGCUGAGUGCCUUGCUUGUGGCUGGAGCCCGGGUGGCAGGAUCCAUCCAUGGGGCUCUCCAGGCCAUCCUAACCUUCCACCUGCCCUACUGUGGGUCCAAUCAGGUGGAUUACUUUUUCUGUGACAUCCCUGCAGUGUUGAGACUGGCCUGUGCUGACACAACAGUCAACGAGCUGGUGACCUUUGUAGACACUGGGGUGGUGGUUGCCAAUUACUUCUCCCUGAUCCUCCUCUCCUACAUACAAAUCAUUCAGGCCAUCCUGAGAAUCUAUACAGCUGAUGGGGGGCGCCGGGCUUUUUCAACUUGUGGAGCCCAUGUAACCAUGGUCACCAUGUACUAUGUGCCCUGUGCCUUCAUCUACCUGAGGCCUGAAACUAACAGCCCCCUGGAUGGGGCAGCUGCCCUAUUCCCCACGGCCAUCACUCCUUUCCUCAACCCCCUUAUCUACACUCUGCGGAACCAAGAGGUGAAGCUGGCCCUGAAAAGAAUGCUCAGAAGCCCAAGAACUACGGGUGAGGUUUGA